UUCGCUGAAGCGAGUGGCGAGAGCCCUGCUCCAGUACGGGCUGGGAACUGAAUUGUCGGAGCGGUGCUCCUGGAACCCGAGCUCCGGAGCGGCCGGCGCGGGUCGAAGGCCGGGGCGGCGCGCUCAGCUUCAGAGGCUCCGGCUCUGGACCGAGCGGGCUCGGAACUGCACGGAGGGGCAGAACGCACUACCCGCCGGCCUGGCCCGCGCAGCAGCGGGGAGUCCGGGAGCCGGAGUGCGGAAGGCAGCGCGGCGGCGGCCAGCCGGGGGCAGAGGGCAGAGUGCCGAGCGGCCUGGCUCGGCGAAGGGCGCCGCCCGGCCCGGCCUCAGCUCGGAGCCCACGACAGUGGCCAGCGGAGCCCGGCGGGCCGCGGGUCCUGAGCGCCUCCAGCCCACGGCGGGGGGCGUGCCUCCGCCUGGCCGCGCCGCCCCGCUGCCCGCCGCGUUGCCCGGGCAUGUGAGCGGGAAGACCAGGCUGCUGGCCGCCGGGACGUACGGAGCAGGAGCCGGAGCGCGGAGCUGCUACCCCGGGCCAGCGCCUGACCGAUUAUGUGCACACAUAUCAGCUGUGCCCCAAACUCGUUUGGCAGAAGAGCUUAGAACCUGGAAGAAGUGAAAAAAACUGAUAUAUACAUGCUGUAUAAUACAACUUGGGAAAGGAUGUCCAUGCGGAGCCCCAUCUCUGUGCAGCUGGCCCUGGACAGUGCUAGCACCAUGGUGAAUUGCACCAUCAAGUCUGAGGAGAAGAAGGAGCCUCCCCACGAGGCCCCCCAAGUCACAGCCACUGCAGUGGAGACCCAGCCUGGAGACCCAGCCCUGGCUCCACAGGAAGCGGCCAACUCACAAGCUCCAGCUCAGGAUUGUGCCUCACCAGAGAGCAGUAUGUCCCCAGACCCCAAGAGACCAGCAGCUUCUGAGGCCGCUUCGGGAAGCCAGGAGCGGUUGGACUUCAACCGUAACUUACAAGAAGUUGUGCCGGCCAUUGAGAAGCUGCUGUCCAGCGACUGGAAGGAGCGAUUUCUGGGAAGAAGCUCUGUGGAAACCAAGGAUGUCAAAGGGACCCAAGAGAGCCUGGCUGAGAAGGAGCUUCAGCUUCUGGUCAUGAUUCACCAGCUGUCCGCCCUUCGGGACCAGCUCCUCACAGCCCACUCCGAGCAGAAGAACAUGGCGGCCAUGCUGUUUGAGAAGCAGCAGCAGCAGAUGGAACUGGCCCGGCAGCAGCAGGAACAGAUUGCCAAGCAGCAGCAGCAGCUGAUUCAGCAGCAGCACAAGAUUAACGUCCUCCAGCAGCAGAUCCAGCAGGUUAACAUGCCUUAUGUCAUGAUUCCAGCCUUUCCCCCAAGUCACCAGCCACUGCCUGUCACCCCUGACUCCCAGCUGGCUUUGCCCAUCCAGCCCAUUCCCUGCAAACCAGUGGAGUACCCGCUGCAGCUGCUGCACAGCCCUCCUGCCCCUGUGGUGAAAAGGCCCGGGGUGGCCACCCACCACCCCCUGCAGGAGCCCCCCCAGCCAUUGAACCUCACAGCCAAGCCUAAGGCACCUGAGCUGCCCAACACCUCCAGCUCCCCCAGCCUCAAGAUGAACAGCUGCGGGCCGCACCCCUCUAGCCACGGGGCUCCCACAAGGGACCUGCAGUCCAGCCCCCCCAGCCUGCCUCUGGGCUUCCUUGGUGAAGGGGAUGCUGUCACCAAAGCCAUCCAGGAUGCUCGCCAACUGCUGCACAGCCACAGUGGGACCUUGGAAAACUCCCCCAACCCCCCAUUCCGCAAGGACCUCAUCAGCCUGGACUCAUCCCCAGCCAAGGAAAGGCCAGAGGAGAGCUGUGUGCACCCGCUGGAGGAAGCCAUGCUGAGCUGCGACAUGGACGGCGCCCGCCAUUUCUCUGAGUCCCGGAACAGCAGUCACAUCAAGAGACCCAUGAAUGCCUUCAUGGUGUGGGCCAAGGAUGAGCGGAGGAAAAUUCUGCAGGCCUUCCCAGACAUGCACAACUCCAGCAUCAGCAAGAUUCUUGGCUCUCGCUGGAAGUCCAUGACAAACCAAGAGAAACAGCCGUACUACGAGGAGCAGGCCCGCCUGAGCCGGCAGCACCUGGAGAAAUACCCUGACUACAAGUACAAGCCGAGGCCUAAGCGCACCUGCGUCGUGGAGGGACGGCGGCUGCGCGUGGGCGAGUACAAGGCCCUGAUGAGAACGCGGCGCCAGGGUGCUCGCCAGAGCUACGCCAUCCCCCCGCAGGCUGGCCAGGCACAGGUGAGCUCCUCAGAUGUCCUGUUCCCUCGGGCAGCAGGCAUGCCCCUGGCACAACCAUUGGUGGAGCACUAUGUCCCCCAGGGCCUGGACCCCAACAUGCCCGUCAUCGUCAAUACCUGCAGCCUCCGGGAGGAAGGGGAGGGCACAGAUGACAGGCACUCAGUGGCUGAUGGAGAGAUGUACCGCUACAGCGAGGACGAGGACUCAGAGGGCGAAGAGAAGAGUGAUGGGGAACUGGUGGUCCUUACAGACUGAUCCCCGGCCAGCUGGGCCUGGCCUGUCGCCCCUGGGGAAGACCUUGUUCCCAGCCAGCCAGCCUGAACUAUGUUGGUACUUGGACUUGGGUGUGCCCAGGUGAUGGGCAAAGCUGUGCACUUGUAGAUACAUUCCCAAGGUGGGGGGAGGGCUCUCCUCUUCACCACACCUUCAGGCACAUCUGAGGAGUUAAUGGCCUGGCUGGGUGGGAUUCAUGUGACCAUGAUGAGGAGCCGAGCUGGCUCAGGUCUUUGGCCCUCGGGGCUAAUGGCCCGGGAACACUGGAUGUACCCCGUCUUGUAGGUCUGCCUACCUGAGGGGAUGGCGGGUACACACCUGUCCCCCAAAACGUGCUUUGUUUCCAUCUUGUCCUGGCCACCGCAGCCAUGGUGGGACAACAUGUCUGCCCCAGAAGGUCCCACCCAGGUCACUCCUCUGUCACCUGGAUCACUUUGUCCUUUCUGCAGAAGGGUCUGCCUAUCCUGUCUUUGUCUUCCAAGUCCAUGUGCCUCUGGCUGUUGCGUGCGUGCGUGCGUGCGUGCGUGGGCACGUUGUCAUCUCGCUUCUCCGGGCAGAAGGUGUUUGCUAAGUGGCUGCUGUGAGCCAGGCAUGUUGAUGAGCUCUGUACCGUGUCUCUUGAUGCUUCUCUGGGGGCCUCUUCUGUGCUUCUUUGUCCCCAAAUUGCUACCUCUUCGUCAGUCUGGUGUCUCAGGUUCUGUGUGUUCUCUCCCAGUGUGCACUUCUCUGUUCCUUCGUCUGUCUGUGCUCUCACCCCACCCACUGGACUCUCUGACUUUCCGUAGGGCCCAGCCUGCCCCUGGGACUGGCAGUUUCCUGACCCUGUGCUGACCCCCUUUCUCCCUCCCGACUUUGCCAGUCAGUUCCCACGGAGUCAUUUUUAGCUCCUAGUACUGUGAGAGUGUGCCUCGGCCUCCAGGGGGCUUUGUCCCGAAUCCCAGGCAUGGGGGCCAGAGGACUGAUGGCUCCUCUUUUUGUCGGUGACAGCCCUGCAGAGGGGACCCCAUGGCAGCUGGUCUCUUCAUGAGCGUGGGGUGGGUUCCUUCCUCCCCCACUCCGUCCUGGGGAUUGGGCUUCACUCCUGAUGAACAUCCUGGUUCUUUCCUAAGAAAAUCAAAGACCAUUAGCACCUAGCUCCAAAGAUCUGGAACAGUCCCCAAGCCAGGGGAGGUGACCCCAAACUCCACAUGGCCAGGUGCCCCCCCCAUGACCCUAUUUCUCUCCAGACUGUUUCUUUUUAUGACUGUAAACAUAGAUAGUGCUUUAUUUUGUUACUAAGAAGAUAAUGAUGAAUAACUUAACCAGCACAUUUGUUUUCUGAUGGCAUAAUAAAGACCGACCAUUUCAGAAUUCGGACCCUUGCUCUGUAGAGAGGCUGUCCUCAAUCCAGUCCCAAGUCUCCCGCCAGCCAGGCACUUCUGCCCCCUGGUGGCAGCAUAUGGGAGCAUCAGGCAAAGUGUCUGGGAGAAAUGGCUUUGCUUUGUCAAGAGGGAGACCACAGCCAGGCCCGGGAGCUGAGGGAGGAGGUGCUGCAGCGGCCUGGAGGAACUGUGGCUCACUGUCCCACCUGAAAGCAAGAGCCUGGAGCUUCUCCAUGAUUCCUACCCCUCUCUGGGAGAGGGAGCCCCUUAAAUCCAGUGAAAACUGUGGCUCAUCCCAGAAGAGCCAUCAUACACAGACACUGGGUCUCCCGUGGUCUUCAAGUCUUUGUGACCUUGCACUUUGAAUGGGGAUUUCAUAGGCAUAGUUGUGACAUCAUCAUCGCUGGGGACAGGGUUGGAUAAAAGACCGAAAGUCUUCAAAAUCAAUGGGAUUCUAUAAGACAAGUUCUGGUUAAGUUAAUACCAUCAGCAUGGCAUGGGAGAAGCAAAACCAAACAGCAAUCCUUGUGAAAGAGAUGGGCCGGAUUAACGGGGUUAUGUCUUCAAUGAGGGAGGCUCCGGGUAGUAUAUUCCACGCAGGAUUAGUCUGAAGUGUGUCAGUCUCAUCCAGACCCCCUCUUUAGAAAAAGCCACUAUCAUCUGGAAGGGCCCAGAAUCAGCCUGUGAGAACAGAAGGAUCUUUAGAGGAGUGGUCACAGGGGCCAGGGCCAUCCAGUCCAUGAAGGGGGUGAGAGGGAGAAGAGAAUGUUCAGUUUCUGGGUAGCAAAGGUAGAGGCUGUGAGAUUGAGCCUGAGCUGAUCGUCUCAAAGAUCACUUUGGGGAGGCUGCAUACACACACUUCAUCAAAGACAUUCAGAAGUAUAGCGAGCUUCAGAACCCAGGAACUUAAGGCUCAGACUUGACGCUGCAAGGGGGUUUCUAAUUCUACUUGCUGGUGAGGCAGUAGGUAGAAUGAAGACCAC